AUGGAUGAGAUCCUAAAGUCGAGAAGCGUCAACUUCAUUGUCGGGCCAAAGGAAACCAUGUACACGGUGCACUCGGCCAGUCUCACCGCCUUAUCCCAGCCUCUCAAGGAACUUAUUGUUCCCAAUCGCCGUCGCAUAGGUUAUGAGACUGUUACCUGGCUGCAUGUCGAGCCAUCAACUUUUCUUAACUUGAUGGAGUACGCAUACUCCCGGGAUUACACCAUUGCCGACCCCCCCAAGAAGAAAAACUCGGGAAAAAACAGCGAGGAAUCCCGAAAAUCUGGUUCCGUCAAGUAUGAAACUGACAGUGACGAUGACAAGAGUUCGUCCGAAGACGAGGCUUAUUUGCCUGCUCGGCAUAUCACUACAGCUAGCGCUGGAAAGAAGCCAGACAUAGGCAUCGAUGGGGCCGAGAAGGCGGAUUCUUUGUAUUCGUGGAUUCUGGAGGUCUCGAAAAGCCCUAACAGCCCGCAGCACUGGUGCGCUCAAUACAAGUUCUGUCUGGAGAACUUCCCCAUCGACACCACAGUCAACGGCCCGACUGACGCGUGGCUUAAGGGUAAUCAACUGCAGCAUGACAGCGGCUACCAAGCGGUAUUGAAGACGCACUUGAAUCUGUAUUUUCUUGCGGAUGAGCACGAAAUCACCGAGCUCAAGGACCUCUGCCUCGAGAGAAUACGUCUGACGUUGCUACAUGCUCCCGGUACCAAUGAAGUGGCUAGCUCCGUGCUCGACGCCAUACAUGCCGUUUAUGCCAACACGGACAUCGGUAACCCUCUGCGCUCGCUACUCGUCAAGUACUGCGCCACCGAUAUGGAGUGGAUGAUGGGGGGCGGAGGGGCCGCACAGAUUGCUCCUGUCAUAAGAGGCGUUCCUGGCUUUGCUGCUGACUUGCUUCUCGAGAUCCCCCACGCAUACUGGAAGGAGGUCGGAGACGGAGGAGCGGCAGGCUUAGAACGCUUGAGAAGCUCCCGAUUAGCUUCGAAUGUUUGA